AUGAUAGGAUUGCUGCGCAGCGAGCACCAGGGCUGGCGAACCCCUGGAGGAUAUGAUGUGCUGAUUGUGUAUGCAAGUGAUGCCGCUGAAUGGUGUCAGUACCUCCAGAACCUCUUCCUCUUUACUCGGCACGUUCGAAAGCAUCGGAUUCUGAGCUACCAGCUGGAAGGAGAGUCUGCCAUCUCCCACCAGGAGCUGGACCUGUUCAGCAGAAGUCGGAGCAUCAUCCUUUUGCUAUCUGCUGAGCUGGUGCAGAGUUUUUAUCUCCCUCCUGUCCUGCAGAGCCUUCAGGAAGCUUUAUGGCCCCCGUACAAAGUAGUCAAGCUGUUCUGCGGUGUUACGGACUGUGAUGAGUAUUUGACCCUUUUCAAGGACUGGUCUCAGUGGCAAGAACUCACAAAUGAUGAUGAGCCUGAUGCUUACCUUGCAGCUGUCAAGAAGGCUAUUUCAGAAGGUAAGGUAGCAGCCAUGGAGUUGUGCUUCCUGGUCAGGUGUUGGAGGAGGGAGAUACAUGAUAUUGUUUAUCCUUAUUUUAAUACUGGUAAUGUGUUUUACUGA